AUGAGCGGACUCUCCUCUGAACAGCGGCAAGCCCUUCUUGUGGGGCCUGCUGGUGCUCCUCCCGUCGGAAUGGUGUCGAAUCUUGUCAAUCCCCCAAGCAUACUUGCAACAGGGCGUGGGAUCUCCCUCGUCUUCUGGAUAGGAGCCAGUAUCUGCGUCGCUAUCCGCCUCUACACCAAGGCUUGCAUUAUUAAACAACUCCGGGCUUCAGACUACAUGAUGCUUAUCUCUUGGGCCUUGUGCAUAGGUUAUAUGGUCCCUUGCUGGAUUGCGGGCAAUAUCGCCCCCGGAGUCGACCAGUGGAAUAUGACCCUCGGGGAUUUCAUCACCUUGCUUUACUACUUUCACGUUGCGUCAAUCAUCUACGGAAUUUGCAUCUUCUUCAUCAAAGCUUCGAUCCUACUCCAACUGGUCGAGAUCUUUGGACAGCAGCGCGACUACUUCUCCUGGAGUUGCCAUCUCCUUUUGUGGACAAACCUCAUUUUUUAUCUAAUCAGCUUACUGAUCGAGGUGUUUUCGUGUCGUCCCGUGUCCAAAGCAUGGGAUAUCCUGACCCCGGGGUCAUGUCUUAACACGCGCCUAGUAAACGUGGUAGCCAGCUCCGUCAACUGUAUUUCCGACCUCAUUAUCCUGGUUUUACCACAGACCCGUAUCUGGAGACUGCAUACAGCCUUUCACCGAAAGCUUACGGUUGCGACCGUUUUUCUCCUGGGAAUCACGGCUUGCGCUUCCGCCGUGGUACGACUCGCGUAUGCCGUGCUACUGUUCAAAACGACAGACAAUAUCUCCUACUUCAGUUACAUGGCUGGCUUAUGGACCAUUCCAGAAAUAGCAUGUGCGGUCAUUACCGGCUGUCUUCCCUCCCUACCCCGAUUCUUCCAAACCGUGAGCAUGAAGGGUCGCUUCCACGCGAAUUUGAGUGUGGGCUCAUGGUGGCGUCGCGAACGCCUACCGACCGAAACCUGGGUUGCUAAGGAUAGCCGGCCACGCGACAUGCCCGGGCUUCAAGGCGUCUUCCCAGAUCAGUAUCCGCUGACGGCGUUCGCAAGCGCUCCAGGCACGGUUGACCGCACCACACGCCCACCACUGCGCUCGUUUGUACACCCUUGCUGAAUGGCGCAAGUGGAAAUGUACAUGUCAAUCAGUCAAGAGCAGGCUGCAAUGCGGAUGUCGUCAUGACAUGGAAUAGGG